UCGGUGUAACUCCAAUCCUCUGAACACCUCAGUAUACCUGGAACGCGUCAGUUGUGAAUGUGAACCUUUGGUGAACCUUUGAUGUACCUCUAGUGUAUCUGGUGUCAGUGAAGCGUCGGUGUUUAAUUGUAAAAUUGUUGGCCAGUGUUUUAUCCCGAGAGAUCACCGAUGAGUGGAUAUCAAAUGAAAUUGAUAAAUUGAAAUUUUAAUCAAUGUGAGGGUCAAUGAGGAUCGGUGAUAACCGGUGGGGCGAAGUGGAGACGAUGCUGAAGAUAUUCCAGCAGCAGAAGGAGCAGCAAACGGAUGAGCCGGUGGAAAUUCAAUCCGCAUGGGAAUGGUUUCAAUAUUAUAUUCAAAAAGACUGACAAUUUUCGAAAAUAAAAAAGAUAAAAAAAUGCUAAAUGAAUCCUAGAGAGUGGAAAAUGACAGGUGUAGAAUUUUAGAGUCGAUUGAGUUGUGAAGAUUGCAUUAUAAUUUCGCUGGGGUGUAUCAGCCCAGCGGAUAAAUAAAAUAUUAAAUCGUGGAAGGGAAUUCGCGAAAAACGGCGAGCCAUUACGGGUAUUCAUAUCAAAAUUCCUGGGCUUGCAGCAACGGUCCAGCUAGUUUGUACGAUUGCAGCUCGAGUCCCGUAGUUCGUGUACCUCAACUCGAUGAGGACUACAGGCCCAUUUAUUUUUAUGUAGCUCAGCCUUACACCAUACCUUAUACUUUUGCCAAAAGACCAAAACAGUCGUCAUUGCAAAAACCAGGUAAACAGCGGGGAAAUUAUCGCGUCAAGUUCUCCAAGAAGUUGAGUAGCGCUGAGUUCUCGCAGAAGGUCAAGCAGGGAGAGUUCUCCAAGAGUCUCAAUCAGGUGCAAUUCGUUGAGGAUCCGGUACCAGUCAUUAUUCUUGUCCUCAGAAAUCACGAGUUUCACGAAAUUCGAUCAACAUCCACGUGACCCCAGGAUGACGUCGAUGUUCCGUCGCGGUACGAUAUUCGCAACAUUUUUUCUGUCACUUCUGGGUGGUGGUCUCGUAUGUGCAGCUUUGGUGACACAGCAUUGGAUUGAUGCGAGACCAUGGAGAACACCAAAUCCUCAGGAGUCUGCAGGUCGUGUACAUUUUGGUCUCCUAAUGGGGAAAAAAGAGCUCAACGUUGCGUACGGAUGGCGGACGUAUCACAUAUCCGUUCCACAGAUGAUCAAACUGGAUCCAUCAGUCAUGCACUGGGGCCUCUGGAUCUCUACCCUAGUCACCACUUCUGCGGCUUUAGUUGCUGCAGCCCUUUCAGCACUUUUAGCUGUAUUAAAUACCGCAACGACACCGAGAGCUAAAAUUUUGUCAGUUCCUGGGGUUUAUUCCAUGAAUAUUCUCACUCUUCUUCUCUGUGUGGCCAGUACUGCUACCUGGCUAGCCCAGUAUUACGUUAAAUUAUACACAAAUGUCCUCCCGAGAGAGGACAUCGACAACAUGUGGACCAGUGAGGGAUCUGCAGAGCUCGGGUAUUCAUUUUGGCUCGUGGUGAGUGCUGGGGUUGUUCACCUCAUCAGCAUAGCAUUAGUCGGGUGGGGAUCUGGCAGAGCCAAGGACGAUCGUCUAGAACCUAUUCCCGCCCUCGAGGAGAAAACUGCUGCUGCCAUAAUGCUUUAUUAGACAAUUUAUUAUCAAAAUUCUGCCAUUUCGGGUGAUUAACAUUUCAGUUUGAAGUAAGAAGAAUUGAAUUUUCGAUUGAAAAAUCGAUUAUCUCGCUUUGCUGAAUUUAAUCGCAAGGAUUUCGACUGGAAAUCCUAGAGACACCAUUGCCAAGUUAAAGUAUGCAUCCGAGCAAUCCUAUUUUUACAGAUAUAUUUUUUUUUUCAUUAGGAUUAUUUAGCGGAAAGUGGUAAAAUGGCACGAGGUCGUGUCAAUAUUUUUGUCAAUUGAUAUUUUUAAUAUUGCUCUCGUGGUGUGCGAUUAUUCCACUCUCACACCUGUAACUGUAUUUCUCCACCUGAGUACAUACUUAUAUGGUACAUAAAGCGUGCGAAUUUGCUGUGUUUGGAUGAUGAAAUAGUGCUUUUGUGGAGAACUAUGUAAGAACUUGUAAAUAGAAAGUCGCGGGACAAUAAUUAUCAUCUACAGUAGAAUAAUUAAAUUAUUACGAAAAUUCUAGGAUUAUUUUUUCAUUUGUAAUUUUAAUUCAGAGUGAAAUAAAACGAAAUCAUUCAUGCCGAGGAAUUGAUGCCAGUGGAAUUGGAGUGGAAUUUUUGAAAGAAUUAAUUGAAUUGUCUAAAAUAUUGGGAAAAUCGGGCGAAAGUGAUGAGUAAAAAUCUUCAGAUACAAGAGAACUUUAUUAAUAGAGGUGCGCCGAACUAGCAACAUAACACCUCAUUGCUCACAUACAUAAUUCCCUCCUUCAAUUAAACUUAAUUUUUUCCGGUCACUGUAUCUCAUUUAUUACAAAGCACGAAAAGUCCAUUGAAUUUGAUUUUAAAAUAAUACUCAAUUCGAAAUAAAAGUGAAAAAAAAAAUCGAUGAAAUUCAAAUACCUAUACAUCCGCACUCCUGCAUCAUUACUAAAAGUAAAAAGUCUGGCAGUAGAAAAUGAUUUUGUGGUCUCCGAUAAUCCCAAAGCUCC